AUGAAUAUCACGAUAUCUGAAAAUCUUCAAGCCCCAACGAUCAUUUUUAUAGCUGGAUGGCCAGACACGUGUGAUGUUUUUCGUAAUAAUAUCCAACGUGUUCUAGCAGCUGAUUAUCGAAUUGUUGGUAUAACAUUACCCGGAUUUGAUGACGAUCACCCAUUCUUUCAAAAUUGCGCUAGGUCUUUUUCAUCUCCAUCAUGUCGAUCAGAACGGGACUACAUGGCAUCGACAACAUCGCAUAAAGAAGAUACACCAUUUUAUUCGUACAGCACACAGAGCCCAAUCCCGUUGCAAGAGCAAAUUUGUACAUAUCCACACGUCACUACUUCCACAUCUAAGGCCUUUUCUAAACUGACUAUAAAAGAUAAAAGGGAUAGGGAAUCUCAUUCCUUACUAAACGCCCGUUGUGCUCACCCCUCUUCCACACCCCUUUCCAAACGCGUGGAAAGCACCAUUCGUGAUGCCUCUGUUGAAGAUAACUGUUUCAGGGAUGGAUUAACGACGCUACAAACCACAAAGGUCACCCCUAUGCAGACACCACGUUUCGGGUAUAGCUUCCAGAAUCUCGUAACCUUGUUAGAAAUAGCGGUAGAUACUGCCAUGAAGAAUUACAAUUAUUGUCCAAGCGCUUUAAUUCAACCCACAUUCAAAGAAGAAAAUAGAGCCUUGAGUACGCAAGGUAUUCCCCCACAUCAGCUACCGCCAUACUACACCAAACCAAUCCUUGUUGCACACGAUUUUGGUUGCUUGCUUUCGUAUGAACUCCUUUUAGCACGUCCACAAUUAUUUUCACGCAUGAUAGCACUGGAUACCGGGUUAAAAAUGUCCGAUAAGAUGCUUGAGCUCAUCACGCGCCCUAUCUUGUGGCCUCGCUAUGUUCCCUCAAUAAGUAAAAACGAUCCUGGCUACACUUCACUUUGUGAAGCAUCAUUACAAGAGGCGAAUAAAAUGGUAAAUCAGACCUCCGAAAAGAUCGCCAGCUUUGCCCCUCUUGCGGCGCAUCGUCUCAAUUCUACGCUUGUUUCUCAUGAACCUAACCCCAAAGCGAACGGGGAGGUCGGUACUCUCACCCACAGCCUGACUAAUGCAGAGGGCAAUGACUCUAGUACCGGACCGUUAUCCCCAUCGGAUGGCCUCACUUUGUCCAGCUCGAAGACUAAGGUGUUUACCCCCCCCCGGCACCCCUCCGGUGUUGUAUUACCCUCAGGUAGCGUCCGUUUCGGUGAAACUGUAAGCUUGGAAUUGCCUUCACUACCUUCCUCUAAGUCCUCGGCUUCGUUGCAAAGAAAAGAAAUCCCUAAAAAACGCGAGAACUCCCUUCAACAAUGGCUGAUGUGGAUCAUAGUACUCAUCAACCAACUCGUGGUGAUCAUCAGCGGAGUCUUCCUCCCCGUUGUGCUGGCACGUUUGAUAAUGCGUAUAUUUCUAUAUCUCUCUAACCAUCCGUGCUAUUCAUACGAUCCGCGAUAUCAAUUUUCGCCAAAAACGGAAUCCUUUUUUCAAGGCUGUAUCCAGGAUCAAUACUCACGACAUAAGUGGUAUGCUGCUGGAGGACAGCAUACAAUAAAACAACAACUAAAAACAGAUAAGACUUCGGUGGGGUCGAAGCUUAAGCGUCAAUCUUGGAUUCCGUCUUUUCUACAUAGCGCCCUGCCCCAUUGUCUAUGCGAUGAUACCUCUGAUUGCACGUAUUCCAACAACUGUUCGCGAUUGAACCGUUUCUUCUCUUUCCUUGUCCAUAAGAACUCCAGAAAAAAUACCACCAAUAGUAAUUUGAAGACGGCGGGGGUCAAAAGCUCCUGGUGUAUUUUUAUGGUUCCAUGUUUGACGUCCGGUUGCCAAACCCAAGAGCUCCCCACUUCCCCAUUGCCUUCUAAGCGAGGCCUGGAGGAUACUUUUGCUCCUAUUGACCGCUCUACGGACGACAUUGUAGACGCGCACAUUACAAACACCAAUCAUAUCUGCAAUAAUGUUUCCUCACUACAUGGUCUUACUUCUGGUGCUACAGUCAUGAACGGUGCCGAUUUGAAACCUUGGACGCUUUUCACAAGCUACGCGCUAGCGAACGUUGAGGAUGAUGCUUCGCGCUUUGCGUAUGAUGCACUAAGCGGAGUAAACCCUUAUUGUGCAUACAGGGAUCAUUUCUGUGCUGAGGAUUUUUACCAAGGCAGCAGAGGCUACUUUAACUUGUGGCGUUUUUCUAAUCAAACAAUCGGAGCAAACCCUUCAACAUCAUCUUGUCACUGUUCGCCACCUAACUGCGCUGCAAAGUCUAUGGGAUCACUAGCUAAGCAAGACAUUCACUACAGGUCAUAUUUUUUUCCCCCGCUUGAACAUUCUUUGAAGGAAAAUAAUGGAAAAAAAUGUCUGAGGAAAAGCGCCGAGGGACAGCUCACUUUUACACUAGCCAAUACGAAAUACCAUCCAACCACAAAGAUAAUGUGGCGGCUGAUGCUAUUAUCGGCAUGA